AAAAAAAAUUAUGGUAAGAAAUACCAGUUUGCCAUAUCAAGCAGUAAAAUGAUCCAUUAUGUACAGCUAAAAAUGGUUGGAAGCGGCUGACACCGGAAGCAAAACACAUUAAAAUUACAAAUGGCCACACUUGCUCUUGGGGAAAAUGGGAACACCUGACAGUUAAUCAUUCAAGCAGUUCGAACGAGUGAUUCAUUAUGAGUCUGAUUUAACAAAGCUCUUCCCACUGAAUCUUUUUUUCUCUCUCUCAAAAAUGAUUUGUUUAAACAAAUCAAUUUAGAAUGAGACUUGAGAACGCUGGCUCUCUAGGACCUGCUAGUGUUUGAUUUUAGUUUGCACUUGGGAGGAGAGAGGAGGAGAGAAGAGGAAACGAGCUGUUCAGCUGAAAUUAAUAGUUUGUUAAAGACUUCUUUCAGAGGCCUACUCUAAAGAAACAUGAUCCGUAUAGUGUAAGCUGGUAAAUAAAGCACAGAGACGGUAAAACAGCAGAGCUAACUUGGAGAGGAUACCACAAGGGAAAAAAAAACAAGGUUCCUCAAUCAGAGAUUCUAAUUCACAAUGAAGCCAGUGUUUUUCAGCAUGACCAUCCUGCUCAUUUCCUACUAUUUGAGUGACGAACACAUAUACACCUAUUUCGGUCUGGUCAUCUGCUUCAUGCUUUGGGCUAAAACGGUAUUCCAUGCAGAAAAUGGCCUGUCGGAUGUAUUUGGCCGGGCGGUGUUGAUUACAGGCUGUGACAGUGGAUUUGGACAUCACCUUGCAAAGAAACUGGACUGCAUGGGCUUCACAGUGUUUGCCGGAUGUUUAUGUCCUGAGGGUCCUGGGGCUCAGAGUCUGGUUGAAAAAGGUUCUGACCGUAUGAAGGUGCUCCAGCUGGAUGUAACCAAAGAUGAUGAUGUCAGCUUGGCCAAGGAUUUUGUGCAAGCAAAUUUGCCAGAGAAGGGCCUCUAUGCGGUGGUAAAUAAUGCUGGAAUCUGUGACUGGGGAGAGACUGAGUGGAGCACUGCCAUGGACUUCCAGAAGAUGGCUGACGUUAACCUGUUUGGUGCCAUCAGAGUCACCAUCCCAUUCUUGUCACUUGUCAGAGCAUCCAAAGGUCGUAUGUUAUAUGUGUCAAGUAUCUUUUCUUUCUUCAACUGUCUGAACAUGGGAGCUUACAGUGUUUCCAAACGGGGACUGGAAGCAUUCGCAGACUCCUUGAGAGUAGAGAUGGCCAGUUUUGGAGUUAAGGUCAGUAUUAUUCAACCUGGAAAUUUUGGCAUGGCCACAAACAUUCUGCCCAAGAAAUCACCGCAAGAUAUAUGGGAUGAAUUUGACGAUGCACGUAAACUAACAUUCAACCAGAAAUACAUUGAGAUGGCAUGUGCAUAUUUUAAUGUAUUGUGUACUUCAGGAUUUAAGGAUUGUUCUAUGGUUAUCAAUGCCAUGUUACAUGCUCUCACUGCUCCCAAACCUCAAACCCGAUACCAGCUUGUUUCCUGGAGAGAUAUGUUUUUUUUCUACAUAUGUCCUUUUCUCCCUACUUGUAUCACAGAUUCUGUGUUUUCUGUAAGUUCCAUGUAUCAGAAGCGUAAAGUAAUGCUUUACUCAUAAUUAGUUUAUUCAUAUAAGAAUAAGAGAGCUUUCUUUAUUACUCAAGCCCGAAGUGUUGCUGUAAGAUUGCUGUAACUCUAACAUGAGACAUUAACAUUUUUUCCUGGACAGUUGUUCACAAAUAUACUGAAAUGUACUGAAA